AUGCCUCUCACAGUAAUAAGAAAGAGUCUCCUGAUUCCGGAGAAAAGCCCGGAAGUUCAAGUACGACGUCAUCGGACUGACCAAGACGAGCCACCCACUGAACUUUAUGAAGCUGAAGAAGAAGUGGUCUUAGGAACGUGCUUCAGCAGAGGAGUUGGUGUCCUCGUCAACAUAAGUAUGGCAAAGAACAUCGACUCUUUCGAACAACUUACGAACCUAAUCGGACGUCUGCGGAUGAGACGAUGUGGUCCAACACCAGCCUUGACUAUCUUCGUCGCUUACGUUCCAACAUCAAGCUACGACGAAGAAGAAAAAGUCGAAGCUUUCUGUAUAGACCUGGAAAAGUUCUACCGAGAAGAUCAUGCCUUCUACAAGGUCAUAAUUGGCGAUUUCAACGCCAAGGAAGUUUCCGCAAUGGACAGCAUCGACGAGGAAUACAAUCGGCUCGUGGAAGAUCUUCAUGAUUGCGCGAGGAAGGCUCAGAGUUCUACAAUCAUCAAGAGACGCCUUUCUCCAGAAACUCUAGAGCUGACACAGAAGAGAUGGAAGGAAGCUUCUGAGAGAGGAGAGCAGAAGGCCUUGGACAACCAGAGUGUCCCUGCUCAGUACAUAAAGGUACUUUUAGAGUUGUACAGCAACUUCACAACAAGAAUUUCGCCAUUCUACGAGAAUAUCAUCGUUGACAUGAAGAGAGGGGUCCGGCUGGGUAAUGCAAUUUUACCUGAAAUAUUCAACGCUACUCUCGAGAAUCCAAUACGAAAGCAUGAACAGGACGACAAAGGAGUGAAGGUUGACGGUCGGCAGCUACACCAUCUACGCUUUGCUGAUGACACUGUUCUGAUAACAUCUGGCAUCAGUCAGGCGGAACGAAUGCGGGUCGAAUUCGUUGGAACAUGGAGAUUUAUGAUUUCUGUAGCAUAUGGCUUGUAUAUAUAA